AUGGAAGAACAGGUGUUCAAGGGGGACCCAGACACCCCUCAUUCCAUCUCCUUCUCAGGCAGCGGGUUCCUCUCCUUCUACCAGGCUGGGGCUGUGGACGCCCUGCGGGACCUGGCCCCCAGGAUGCUAGACACGGCUCAUCGCUUCGCUGGGACGUCAGCAGGUGCUGUGAUCGCAGCCCUGGCCAUCUGCGGGAUUGAAAUGGAUGAGUACCUCAGAGCCCUCAAUGUGAGUGUGGCCGAGGUGAGGAAAUUCUUCCUGGGGCCCUUGUCCCCAUCUUGCAAGAUGGUACAGAUGAUGCGGCAGUUUCUGUACAGGGUUCUGCCUGAGGACUCUUACAAGGUCGCCACUGGGAAGCUGCAUGUGAGCCUCACCCGGCUCACGGAUGGAGAGAAUGUCGUGGUUUCAGAGUAUACAUCCAAAGAAGAGCUCAUCGAGGCCCUGUACUGCAGUUGCUUUGUCCCCAUGUACUGUGGUCUCAUCCCCCCAACCUACCGUGGCGAGAGGUACAUUGACGGAGGCUUCACCAGCAUGCAGCCCUGCUCCUUCUGGAACGACUCCAUCACCAUCUCCACUUUCAGUGGGCAACAGGACAUCUGCCCCCGGGACUGCCCUGCUGUCUUCAAUGACUUCCGCUUGUUCAACUGCUCCUUCCAGUUCUCCCUAGAGAAUAUCAGCAGGAUGAACUAUGCACUGUUCCCCCCGGAUCUGCCGGUCCUGCACAAUUACUAUUACCGAGGAUAUGAAGAUACAGUUCUGUACUUGAGGCGGCUGAAUGCUGCUUACAUUAAUUCUCCCUCCAAGAGAGUGAUUUUCCCCCGGGUGGAAGUAUACCACCAGAUAGAACUUGCCCUUGGCAGUGAGUGCUCUGAAUAUAGCCAACCAUGGCUCCAGACAGAGCAGGCCAGUCUGGAAGAAUCCAUGGAACUUCACACACAGUGGACUCCCAAAGGAGAUAGGAAGGAAGACCAUAGCCCACUCAUGUCCCCACCUGUGCAAACACCUGACUCCACACAUGAGUGGCCUGUGGAGUCAUCAGUUCCACCACCUGUCUCUUCAGCCGAGCAGCCACCUGCAUUGCCGCCAGCCUCAUCACCUUCACAUUCUCCAACUGAUUUGUCAUCUGUAUCACCUGUACCACCUGUAUCAUCCCCAGCUACGCAAUUACCACCUAGCUUAACAUCUAACUCAUCACUACCCAUUGCAACACCUGAACUGUCGUCACCUGUGUUACCAGAGCAGCAGGUACAACCAUCUGGGUCACCAGCCAGAGCUCCAUCCUCCCAGUCAUCCACAUCACCCAGCCCAUCCCUGCAGCCUUCAGCUCUGGAAGCCCUUCAAAUAUCUCCCCAAUGCUCUCCUUCAGCAUCACCUGCACAGUCACCUAUAGAGCAAGUGGACCCAGGAAAGCCCCAAGCCCCCCUUGCCGUUUCAAAUCCAAAAAGUGCCAUGCCUCUGCUUAAUGUGAAGGAAACCAUCUACGAGCCUAAUAUGAUGGACAGCCCUGCUGAAGACUCAAACUGGGUGAACAAGGUUUUCAAGAAGAACAAACAAAAGACAAGUGGCACCAGAAAAGGCUUUCCAAGACAUCUGCGAUCCAAAAAAUCAAGUAGCAGAGUGCUGUGA